GGCCUGCUCUGAUAUCCUGGGGUGAAGCGGAUUGGGGACUCAGAGAAGGAAAGGGGAGGAGUUCUCACCUUGGGAGUUGGGAAGAAGGGAUCGGGUCUGGGGGCGGGGGGAGGGGGGGAGAAUGGGCGCCAUGGCUAUGCUUAUAGAAGGAGCAGAAGGUGGAUCUUAGACAAACACUUCCACCUUCUCCAAGCGAUUCCGAAGACAUUUGUGUCUGAUUUCUAGCUCCUCUGUGCAUACGGUGGCCUGGGAUAGUUCCGUGUUUUUAUUUUCACUGAUGUGAAAGGGGAGAUGUUAAUUACCCAGGAAUGUAUUGAUGUAUGACUUGAAAAUAAUAUAUUGCUUGAGUAGUGUAAUCAAGCACAUUUACUAGUAUACUAAAGAGGAAAAUAAGCAGUAUUUUAAAAGCAGAACAGGGUUUCUGUCACAACCCUGUGAUCACCACCUUUGCCUUAACCUUUGGCUACUGUCUGUCGCUAAGAUGAGCACCCACCGUUCCUCUCCUUUUGACCCUGAGCGUCGAGUCCGGAGCACACUGAAGAAGGUCUUCGGGUUUGACUCUUUUAAGACACCUUUACAGGAGAGUGCGACCAUGGCUGUAGUGAAAGGUGACAAGGACGUUUUCGUGUGCAUGCCCACAGGGGCAGGAAAAUCCCUCUGCUAUCAGCUCCCUGCUCUGCUGGCCAAAGGCAUCACCAUCGUCAUCUCUCCCCUCAUUGCACUGAUUCAGGACCAAGUGGACCACUUGCUGGCCCUGAAGGACCACUUGCUGGCCCUGAAGGUGCAAGUGAGGUCCCUGAACUCGAAGCUCUCGGCGCAGGAGAAAAAGGAGCUGCUCUCCGACCUGGAGCAGGAGAAGCCCCGGACCAAGCUCCUGUACAUCACGCCGGAGAUGGCGGCCUCCGCCUCCUUCCAGCCCACCCUGAGCUCCCUGGUGUCCCGCCACCUGCUCUCCUACCUGGUGGUGGAUGAAGCUCAUUGUGUUUCCCAGUGGGGACACGACUUCCGUCCCGACUACUUGCGCCUGGGUGCCCUGCGCUCCCGCCUGGCACAUGCCCCGUGCGUGGCUCUGACCGCCACAGCCACCCCGCAGGUCCGCGAGGAUGUGUUUGCUGCUCUGCACCUCAAGCAGCCGGUUGCUGCCUUCAAGACGCCCUGCUUCCGGGCCAAUCUCUUCUACGACGUGCAGUUCAAGGAACUGCUUUCUGAUCCCUACGGGAACCUGAGGGACUUCUGCCUUAAGGCGCUUGGCCAGAAGGCUGGGAAAGGGGUGCUGUCCGGCUGCGGCAUCGUCUACUGCAGGACCAGAGAGGCUUGUGAACAGCUGGCCAUAGAGCUCAGUUACAGGGGGCUGAGUGCCAAGGCCUACCACGCAGGGCUGAAGGCCUCUGAGAGGACGCUGGUGCAGAACGAGUGGAUGGAGGAGAAGGUCCCCGUGAUUGUUGCCACCAUCAGUUUUGGGAUGGGAGUGGACAAAGCCAACGUCAGGUUCGUCGCCCACUGGAAUAUUGCCAAGUCUAUGGCUGGGUACUACCAGGAGUCUGGCCGGGCGGGCAGGGACGGGAGGCCUUCCUGGUGCCGCCUCUAUUACUCCAGGAACGACCGGGACCAGGUCAGCUUCCUGAUCAGGAAGGAAGUAGCAAAACUCCAGGAAAAGAGGGGGAACAAAGCGUCUGAUAAAGCCGCCCUCCUGGCCUUUGAGGCCUUGGUGACCUUCUGUGAAGAACUGGGGUGCCGCCAUGCUGCCAUUGCCAAGUACUUUGGGGAUGCACCCCCCGCCUGCACCAGAGGCUGCGACCACUGCCAGAACCCCGCGGCCGUGCGGAAGCAGCUGGACACCUUGGAGCGCAGCAGCAGCUGGAGCAAGACCUGCAUCGGGCCCUCCCAGGGCAGUGGCUUCGACCCUGAGCUGUAUGAGGGCGGCCGCAGGGGCUACGGGGGCUUCAGCAGGGCAAAGACCCCAAGACAGAAGAAUUUGUACCCCCAGGCCCGGGAGCACUGCCUGGGGCUGCUGGAGGAGGCUCUGAGCAGUAACUGCCAGGCUGCAGGUGCCACUCAGGGACCUGACCUGCAGGACAAGGCCGUGGAGCUAGAACAUGAGAUGUUCCGAAAUGCCAAGGCUGCCAACCUGUACAAGGCCAGCGUGCUGAAGAAGGUGGCCGAGAUCCACAGAACCUCCAAGGACGGGCAGCUCUACCACCCGGCAGGCGGUGCCAAGAGCCGCAGUGCCCCGGCCGAGCCCACCGAGCACGAUAUCCUGCCGGCCUCCCAGGUGUACUCGCUCAAACCCAAGCGGGUGGGAGCCGGUUUCCCCAAAGGCUCCAUCCCAUUCCAGACGGCCUCACAGCUGAUGGAGGAGAUGAGGGCUGGGGGGCAGGCCCCGCGGCCUGAGCAGAAAGGCGAGCAGGAGCCCCCCAGCCAGCCCCGUGGCCUCCAGGAUGAGGAAAGCAGUGAGCCUGUCCCCGGGCUCAGAGAGGCCCCCGGAAGCAGUGCUCAUUGUGGGGGGCCCUCCCCUGAGAAGGCAAAGGGCCCCUCGGGGGGCAGUCCCGCGGCCAAGGCCCGGGCCAACAAGAAGCAGCAGCUCCUGGCCGCUGCGGCCCUCAAGGACUCUCAGAACAUCGCCCGCUUCUUCUGCCAAAGGGCUGAGAGCCCGCCUGCCCUGGCUUCAGCCCCAGGGGCGGAAGGUGCCAGCCCUUCCUGUGCCAAGGUGCGGGGACCCCUGGCUGUGGCCCCAGAGACAUGCACCGGGGAGGAGGAUGGAGCCCUGGGGCGUUCGGCUGCCUGCCCCCAGACGGAGUGCACCAGGGAGGGGCCAAGUGCCGGCCCACUGCGAGACCCGGGGCCCCCUGAAGGCCAGCUCACCCCCCCAGAGGGGACAGCGAGGGGCAAGCGGCCCAGGCCCCAGCAGGAGAACCCGGAGAGCCAGGCGCGGAAGAGGCCUCACCCCUCAGCCGGUGCCUCCAUUUUAGCCGAGGCCAACGACAACAUCUUGGCCAGUGGUCAGAGCACCAUAAGCCGCACGGCCCAGGGCUCCUGCCAGCUCCCAGCCCCGGGCACCUCCCUGAAGGUGGCUGCGAACAUAGUGGUCAAGUGCCUGACCCCUUUCUACAAAGAGGGCAAGUUUGCCUCCAAGGACCUGUUUAAAGCCUUCGCCCGCCACCUCUCCCACUCGCUGGCUCAGGAGCCCUCUCCUGGGAGGAGCGUAAAGGAAGAGGCCCAGCACCUCAUCCGGCAGUUCUUCCGGGGCCGGGCCCGGUGCGAGAGUGAAGCUGACUGGCACGGCCUGUGUGACCCACAGAGAUGACCGACAGCUGCCCAGCGGGGCCAGUGUCCCGCCCCCCGACUCUACUGUGGGCCAGCGGGGCCUGACUCAGGAAUGGGAAGGCGGGCAGGCCUGCGGCCGCAGGGCAUCUCUCUUCUCAGGGUCCUCCCCCCUUCCAACCACACCUUGCUGUGGAGAUGCCCCCGGACACCUCCCAAAUCAAGGUCAGAGGCCAGAGGUCAGCCCAGCUUCCUAUGUACUUGCCAGGCCUGACGCCCUCUCUCUCCUGGCCUCAUGGAGCCCCACCUUAGAAGGACCUGGGUGGGGUGGCUGCCGCCAGGGGAACAGGAAGAAGAAACGGUCCCUCCACCUCUUGUACCUGAGUUGUAAGCUGGGGGAGGCCACCUGUGCAAGGCGCGGGGCUCCAGGUGCAGAGCUGUGGGAAGAGGCAGCGGCCGGCCCUGCUUCUCGGCUCCUGCUCGGGAAGGCGAGGCUGGGCCGAGGCGCCUCCCGGAGGAAUAAAGUCUGUUCUGACACAUGCACGCGCA